GCGUCAUCCAACGCUUGUUGAUCGCGAUUGAUGCUGCCAUGCCAGUUCGCAUCAGCUUGCUUGCCGCCGUGGACACGUUGAAAGCGGCGUGGAUGGAACUCACCGCGGAGUGCAUAGAAAAUUGCUUCCGCAAGGCGGGUUUUAUGGGCCCAGGCACCGAGGACGCCAUAGAUCACCCACCGGAAGGCCGGUCGUACCAGGACUUGUGGCAACGCGUCGUUGACACGCAGCUGGCCGGACCUGACGUUGCCUGGGACGAUUUCGUUUCUGCUCAUGACGACGCCGACAUUGCGGAGCCAUGCACUGACGAAGCUAUUGUGCGUGAAAUGCGAGCCCUUCCUGACUGCCCAGAGAUCGACGAGGACGGUGACGAGGAUGCUGCUCUACCACCGCUUGCUGUGAACGCUUCAAGCGCGAUCGGUUACAUCGCGUCGCUUAAGGAACUCGUGUGCUGCAGAGGCCUUGGCGAUGAACAUAUCACCGCGCUGGAAAAAUUAGAAAUGGCAGUGAUGCGAUCAGCUUUGAAGAAGCAGACGUGCAUCACGGGCUUUUUUCAAAAAUAA